AUGGGCGGAAGCACCCUAGCUGGGACGGGUGCAGUCCCUGGACGAUUUCGAGGCUCUCGAGGGUGGGGCCGAGUUAUUGCAGAAGUGGGUCUGGAGGACGAAUUUGAAGAUGAUGGCAGUAGCCUUCUUGAUGAGUUCAGGGUGGACAUAAGAGGUAGUACGGAAGAACAUCCUGAGCCAGUUACCGAGAAGUGUACACAAGAAGGCCUUCAAGGCUGCCUGCCCGACUUGGCAGCGACCUCGCCGCUGCCUUCCUCCUGGCCCAAUCUGAAUGACUGCCUAAAUGUUUCCAAAUCCCUGGUAACCGCUGCGAGGGACGCGCUGCACCAGCUGAAGGAGCUUGGCACGCUGGGAUUUGAAUGUACUCUUGAAGAGGUUGAUCUUGAAGAUAUCACUAAGAAUAAAAUCAACACAAUUAAGGCUUGUAUGGCAGAAGAGUCAAAGACUGAAAAUUGUCCUACACUGAAAAGAGCUGAUUUUGAUAAGAUUGAGUGCCUGCGAGGUAUCAAUGAAGACCUGAAGGCUUACAAGGCAGAGUUCAAGAAUUUCAAUAACCAGAAGAUACUGGCUGCUAUUGACAAACUGAUACAGGCUGUGAAAAUUAGCAGUGUGAGUGUGGAGCAACCAUCUACAAACAGAGGAUCAGCCUCUUUCAAAGAGAGAAUGAGGUUAUGUAGUGUUCUCCAUGCUUUUACAAUUCGCACUGUGACCAUAACCAAGAUGCUGAACUACCUGAAUUCUCCUGGAAGCUCAUCCUAAUCACUGAAACCUGGAAGCACUUUCUAUAAAACAUUGAAUCAAAGCUAUUUUAAGUAUCUGAAGAAAAUAUAUAUUAGGUUCUACUUACUGCAAGAGCUCUGUGUGCAGAACUCUCACUGAAGUCAUUGAAACUUGUACACACAGAGGGCUUCCAGGAUAUGGACCUGAAUUUAAGAAUACAGUAAUAUUUCUACAAAA